GGGCGGACUAGCGGGCGGUGGGUGUGUGAGCCGCAGGGGGCUGGGUGGUACGGUCACCCCGGCGCUGGGAUGCGGCUGCAGGCGGCAGAACCCGCGAGCAGCUCCAGGCGGCCGUGCUAGUCGUGCGCGGCGAGAGGAGAGGUCCGGCGGCGCCAGGUUUCUCUGGACGGGCGCACGAUGCAGCGGGCGUUGGCGCUGGCCCGGCGGGGCUGCGGCCCCCGUACCCCGGGCCCGUGGAGCCGGGGGCAGAGCAGCGCGGCCGCCGAGGCCUCGGCGGUACUCAAGAUGCGACCCGAGCGGAGCCGGCACGAGCGCAUCCUCACGCUGGAAUCCAUGAACCCGCAAGUGAAGGCGCUGGAGUACGCGGUGCGGGGACCCAUCGUGCUCAAGGCCGGGGAGAUCGAGAGGGAGCUGCGGCGGGGUAUCAAAAAGCCGUUCACUGAAGUCAUCCGUGCCAACAUCGGGGAUGCCCAUGCCAUGGGCCAGCAACCAAUCACCUUCCUCCGACAGGUGGUGGCGCUCUGCACCUACCCAAACCUGUUGGACAGCCCCAGCUUCCCAGAAGAUGCUAAGAAACGAGCCCGGCGGAUCCUUCAGGGUUGUGGCGGGAACAGCCUGGGAGCUUACACUGCUAGCCAGGGCGUCAGCUGCAUUCGAGAGGAUGUGGCUUCCUACCUCACCAGGAGAGAUGGUGUGCCUGCAGAUCCUGAAAACAUUUAUCUAACCACUGGAGCUAGUGACGGCAUUACUACCAUCUUGAAGAUCCUGGUGUCUGGAGGUGGCAAGUCACGGACGGGUGUGAUGAUCCCCAUUCCUCAGUACCCCCUUUACUCAGCGGUCAUCUCUGAGUUUGACGCCGUCCAGGUGAACUAUUACCUGGAUGAGGAGAACUGCUGGGCCCUGAAUGUGAAUGAGCUCCGGCGUGCUGUGCGGGAGGCUCAAAACCACUGUAACCCCAAGGUGCUGUGCAUCAUCAACCCCGGGAACCCCACAGGUCAGGUGCAAAGCAGGAAGUGCAUAGAAGAAGUGAUUCACUUUGCUUGGGAAGAGAAGCUCUUCCUAAUGGCUGAUGAGGUAUACCAGGACAACGUGUACUCUCCUGACUGCAAAUUCCACUCCUUUAAGAAGGUGCUUUACGAGAUGGGUCCCGAGUACUCCAGCAAUGUGGAGCUGGCCUCCUUCCACUCCACCUCCAAGGGCUACAUGGGCGAGUGUGGCUACAGAGGAGGCUACAUGGAAGUGAUCAACUUGCACCCUGAGAUUAAGGGCCAGCUGGAGAAACUGCUCUCGGUGCGUCUGUGCCCGCCAGUGUCUGGGCAGGCUGCCAUGGACAUCGUGGUGAACCCCCCAGUGCCAGGAGAGGAGUCCUUCGAGCAGUUCAACAGGGAAAAGGAGUCUGUCCUGAGUACUCUGGCCAAGAAAGCCAAGCUGACAGAAGAGCUGUUUAAGCAAAUCCCAGGACUUAAGUGCAACCCCUUACAGGGAGCCUUGUAUGCCUUCCCUCAGAUCUUCCUUCCUGCCAAAGCUGUGGAAACCGCUCAGGCCCAUAAGAUGGCCCCGGACAUGUUCUACUGCAUGAAGCUCCUCGAGGAGACUGGCAUCUGCGUGGUGCCCGGCAGCGGCUUCGGGCAGAGAGAAGGCACCUACCACUUUAGAAUAACCAUUCUCCCUCCUGUUGAGAAGCUGAAGGCGGUUCUCCAGAAGGUGAAAGACUUUCACAUAAAGUUCCUGGAGCAGUACGCGUGAGGCCGCUGGGCCCCAGAGGGAGACUGGGGCCUCCCUCCUAAUCUCCACCAGGCCAGACUGAAUGUGCAUCUCCCCCAGAAACUCUGCCUCAGACCUCGCCAGGGUCACUGGUAGCUUUCAUCAUCAUUUUGCCCCAGGAGACUUUUUUUCUCUGUGCCUUGAUGUUGGGAACACUUCUCUUCUAAGCUAAUGUGAAUUGGGGAUGUCCCCAAAGCUCUGUUUUUGUGUGUGUGUGUGUGUCUGUGUAUGGGGGGGCGGGGGGGCAGUGGGGGAGGGAGGGGAGGGGUUGGAUGCAACCAAAGUUGAAAGGAUUUGCUCAGCAUACAUGGCCAGCCCUCUCGGAAUCGUUGUUGCUUUAGAAAAGUUCAUUUGGGGUUUCAAAUAAUCAGAAUGUCUUGGGUGAGAGGUUUCAUUCCUGGAAAAAAGAAGGUGUGGGGUAAUGUCUGACCUGACUGUGGUAAGGACCGAAGAAUCCCAGCUCACCACCGUGACCUGCGAAAUAAAGCCCUGAGUAUCGUGAACAUCUGGUCCUUCCCAGAGGAGUGCCCGGGGUCCCCUGGAGUCUCAGACACCCCAAUUCCUGCCUGAAGCCCAGAGGCUUCUCUCUCAGACCCGAAUGGUGAGGGCAGCAGGGCCUGGUGCUGGACUGGACACUAAGCUAAGUUAUGGAAGGUGCUGGGGGUAGUGGGCAGAGUCAGACAGCCAGAGGAGAGGAAGAGAUGAUGAGCCAGACUCCACAUCGAGCCUGAAUUCUACUUGGGAUCAGGCAGAUGGCAAGAACGCUGCUGCACACAAGGACAGAGUUAGGUUCUCUUGGGAAGACUUAGACUGGAAUCCACGUCUGGGAGGCCGACCCGGACUCCAGGAACACGGGGGAAAGCCCGGUGGUAUCCCAGUCACAGGGUAGGAUUCUUGCCUGUGGGACACAGAUCCAUCCAGUAACUGUUGCCCGGUAGCUGUUGCCUCACUCGGCCUUGGUUGCGCCUUUACACACUAUUGUCUCCCUGGGGGGGAACUAGGAGAACACUAUAAAUGUCCUAAUGAGCCGACUGAGGGAGGAUCCUCCUCAAGGCCACAAGGAGGUUUCAGUGGAACCUCCCUUCUCCAUAGUGUCUAUUAUCUCAAACUGAAUUUGACCCGUUUUCCAGCUCCUCAUUGGUCAAAGUGCCUGGUUGGAUGGUUUUGUGAGAGUGCACGUGCUCUGACUUGAAGUCUAUCAAACUGGUUUUACCCGAAAUGUGCUACUUCCGUAGUUGCUGAUGGCUCCCAGAGCAUGUCCUGUAGCAUCAAUCAUCUCUUGGGGUCAGGAAUCACCCCCAUGCCUGCAGCUUCCCGAGAGUGGGUGCUGUCCGAUAGCAGACUAGGUGGCCUUUUCUUCAGAGAACCUCCUCUUCCCAGCGGCCUUUCCACGUCAGUUGAGAAAGCCAAGGCCAGCUCAAGGGAGCCCGCAAGUCCCAAAGGUUAUCAUAGGAGCUGGACAGAGAAAUCUGAAGGGACUGAAGAAGUGAGCUUUGAAGGUGGCCUCCUGUGCUAUCACUUCCAGGCAGGGGACAGCGGGGGAGACCUUACGUGUUACUCCUCUCACCCUGUUGAAGAAUCAGCCACGAUCUCAGAGAACAAAGGGAAUGUUUAGGAAACAUUCUUUUAAAAAAAAAAUUGUGAAAAAUUGCACUUACGCGUGUUGUACGGAAUAUGAACCCAGAUGUGUCCCAGAGUUGUGAAAUUUCUAGUGAAAAAGGUUAAAUAGUCGAAGCUGGUAUAUUUUUUAUAUUUUUGUAACAAUUGCUUUUUUCAUGGGGGGAGGAAGGGUUAGUAUUUGUAGUUUUAACAAGUCCGGUAGUUUUUUACAAAAUCUCUUCAGAUUAUAAAUAACUCUUAAAAACUUUGCAGCAUUUACAUGAUUUUUUAAAAAAGAUGCUUGUAUACGCUUGAAUUACUUUUUAAAUAAAUAUAAGAGGAUCAUGCUAAGAUUCACUGGUUUAGGAGGUCAACUUCAGGUAAGAAAACUGAUGGUUAUAGAUUUGAUUUUUUUACAGAUCAUAGGGUUCCGGGCUCCAUCAAAGCGAAUUGUAUGGUUCGGGGUGGCACUUUAAGCCCGCACUUGGAAGCUUUUGUCUCUCAUCCUGUUCCAUUAUGGGGAGGUGCUGGGGUGUCCCCUGAUGGUCCCUGAGACCUGUUGACUCUUGUACCCUAGUUGGGUGGGUUUGCACGAAGAGUAGACCAGCAGCCUGUCCCUGUCUUCUGAUUUUGUUUCUCAUAGGCGUCUCCUGACAAAGGUAAUGGUAGUUCUGCUGGACAUUUCCAAACAAUAAACUACAUGUACAAACUGG